AAUGUCAACAACCAAAAAAAGGGUUAUUUUACGUAACGUUACAGUAAAAUUGGGCUGCAGUAGCAGUUGUAUCCGGCCCAAAUUUUCCAGCAUUUUCCACCCUAAACCCCGCCGCCACCACUCCGCCGACAGCGCCGCCGUCUUCAACCAUCACAAAACCCCCAACAAUAAGUACUCUUUCUCUAAUUCUACGAUCACAACCGCAACCACUUUUUCUCCAUCUCCAACUCCGUCUCCGGCACACUACUCCUCCGACGCUGAACGAGCUGUUCAAGGAUUCGGUAGAAUCGGCGGCGAGAGUGUCGCCGUCGAGAAAGAUUCCGACGAUCCUUACGUAGAUUUCCGGCAGUCAAUGCUGCAAAUGAUACUUGAAAAGGAGAUUUACUCUAAAGACGAAUUAAGAGAACUUCUCAACUGUUUUUUGCAGCUGAAUUCUCCGUAUUACCAUGGAAUUAUUGUUAGAGCUUUUACGGAGAUCUGGCAUUGUGUUUUCUCCGUCAAUCCCGGAGUCACCGGAGCUGAGUCGCCGUUCUUAUAGAGCGGCGGUGAUAAUGGCGGUAGAGGAGGGUGGUGAUCGCGUGUUUAACA